AUGAACCACUCGCAUCCCAUGAGCGCGACGCAGGCCAAAGAACGUCAUUAUGCGCAGCUUGCCAAUAGCCUGACGCGGCUCUCGCGGUCGGUCGGACAGACCGCGGACCUGUUCGAGCAGCUGCAGAUCGACCUGGACUCGAUGCGGACGCUAGCGGCACUGCACGCGGCCCAGUUCAUGAGUGUCGCGACGCGCCUCAAUCCCGAAGCUGCCGCGCAUGAAGAGGGGCGGUGA